GAGAAAUUUUUAUAUUUUUGGACACAAACCCAAUCAAAAAUGCGACGUGGGAAUUGGAAUGAAACACUUAGAAAUCAAUUAUGGCAGUACUCUAUUUGAGUGGACAAUAAGUGAGGACUAUCCAAGAAACGUUUUUAGCGAAAAUUCGGACGAAUAAUAAAUGAAAUCGGCGUAAAUUAUAAGGUUAUCUGUACGUCAGCAUUUGCAACCCAUAUGGCAUCAGAUAAUAUUAAAGCGAACACUGAAGCAUCCAAAAAUUCGGGUACUAAAGUAAUUAAAAGCAGCAAUAAUGUGGUGACAACAAACGCGACAAAUACAGUGCAAAUGAAACGUGAAUUAACUUCAAAGCCCCGGUCCCAACUGAACGGCACCAACUUUAUAGCCACAAAAUUGUCAUCUUUAACUCCUGCCAGAGAUUUGACGUUAGGUGGUCGCGGUUCGACUACCGGUGCUAGAAAAGUAUUUUUGCCUAAUCUAAACGUCGUAAGGAAUAAAAAUGCCAAUGUUAAGACUUCAAAAGACACUACAGCGCGCGGACGGGGGCGCGGGAGAGGGUCGGAAAGAGGAUCUCUUGCGAAUCGCGGCGGUGGGUCUUUUAUCCAAACUACUGGCGUCUUUUCUGAAGGCGCAGGUGCAGCUUUUGUACGUAAAUCAGGCAAUGCGACUGGAUAUGCACGGGAUAACCAAGAAAGUGCUUCGACCCUACGCAAAGCUGCUUUUCCUAAAAAUGAGAGUAAAUUAGAUCUUAAGGCCACCAUGGCUAAAGACCAGGAUAUAUUAAAAGCACUUGACGACGACAACAAUGGAGGCAGUAGCGAAGAAGAGGACAAGACAGAUUUGGAUAAGUUCCCCAUAAAGCUUAACGAGAGUAAAUGGAAAUAUGUAAAAACCGAAAUUAAGCAGGAAAACGAUGAAAAUCUUAAUUUUGAUAACAAGCGAAAAGAAGAUUCAUUAAAUGUGGCUGCAAGAUUGCAAGCCUUGCAUGUGGCUCAACAAGCGCAAAAUACUCAAAGCCCUUUAUCUAGAUAUCCACAGAGUCUUGAGGAACUCUUGGCCACCUCGGAAACUCAAAUGUUUUUAAUGCAACUUCCUGAUACUUUGCCCCGUGUGGAUGAAGACAAUGACGUAACAGAACAUGAUACAGAGUCUGGCUCAUCCUCAACAGACAUUAAUAGCAAAACCUUCCAUAAGUCGCAUAUGUUCAAAAAGUUAGAGGAAGGCCAAGUGGGACGUCUGCUACGGUAUAAAUCAGGGAAAAUUAAACUGGUAUUAGGUGAGAGCUUUUUCGACUUAAAUAUGGGCAUGGAAACAGGUUUUCUACAAGAUCUUAUGUCCAUAAGCACCAAUAGAGAGGAACGUAGCGGCGACAUGAUCAAUUUAGGUCCAGUUCAGGUCAAACUAACGGCGACACCCGACUGGGAAUAUUUAUUAAAACCAGCGCCAACCGCCAAUAAACUAUAGCCUUAAGUAGUUCAUAUUGUGUAUUGAGUAUAUGUGUGUGAAAAGAACAG